AUGGAGAUCGACACGUCAGGAAUAAGGCAAAGGCGGGGAAUAACGAAAAUCGUCGAGGAUUUGGACAUUUUUGACAAAGUGGUAGAAAACGUGAAAGAAGAGAAAAGAGCGUCGGCCGGAUUUAGUAAGUAUUCAAGCUCUAUUCAAACUCAAUAUUUUUUUUCAGUAUCUUUUGUGUUUUUCUCUGCAAUUUUCAUUUUAUUUUUCAUGGAAACUUAUGAAUUCUUCUUUUCUAACCGUUACGAGUACAAGUUUGACGUGGACAUUGCGAUGACCGAGUGGGUGUUUUUUUUCUUCACUGAAAAUUACACAACUAUUUUAGAACGCCAAUUUUGGACAUAGACAUGAUAGUUGCGACUCCUUGUAACGCCUUGCAAGUGGCUAGCUCUAUGGACCAACAAAUGUCGACCGGAAUGUUUUCUCCUCUACAGUCCUCCAUAAAGAAAGAUCCUACAAGGUUAUUUUUUCAUAAAAUUGGUUUUUAAACUUUUUUUUCAGAUUCGAAUUCACGCCUGAAGAACAAAUGUAUUGGACUGUGUUGCGGCAUGCUCAUUCGAAAAUAAAUGAACAAGGCUUCCGAGGAAUUGAAGAUGUUUCUCCUAGUUUUCUCAUUUUCAUUUAUUCUUUUUCUGUUUCAGCUUCAAUACGUCGAUUCCGAUGUCGAAAGCAAUUUGGAACAAUUGGCAGAUGAGAAACAAAGAAGAGAAGCUGAAGAAAUCGCAGAGCAUCGUAAAGAGGAGCAACGAAAAAACGGCGGUCGGAAGCAUCCAAGCGGUCAAGUAGUCAGUUGAAAAUCUGUUAGUUACUCAGAAAAAGCUGGAAUUCAGAUGUUUCUUGUGGGAAACGGCAUGGGAAUGUUCCAACUAGUGGCUGAUGCUGGAGGCGAUAAUGAAGGUUUUUAGUUUUUUUCUUCUCUAAUGCAAAGUUUUUUUGAAGGCAGCGCUUGUCGGAUUCAUGGCAGAUUCCCUGUUAGAAAGGCAAAAGAAGAAAAAAUUGUGAUUUCCAUUGGAAACCCUAUGAUGAUUAUCAACCAUUUUGAAGGAUCUAAUCGUACGUUAAUCAUUUCAUGAGUUUUUAAAAAUUUUUCAUAUUUUUUUCAGCUGGGAACAUUUCCCAUCGGAUUGAAAAAGUUCACGUUUGGUCCAAGGAUACGAGGCCUUGUUGCUCCCCUUUCCGGAGCUGAACACAUUUCUGAAGGAGGUUCGAAUUUAUGAAAUUUUGGUCCUCACAGCUCGGGCUUGAGAAAAGUUCAGUAGUAGUCUUUAUGAAGAUUUCGUAUUUCUCACUGUUUUUUUUUUCGAAUUAUACUUUGAGAUUAGGAUAAUCCUCAUUGAGUUGAGAUUUCCUUGAUUUGUGAAAAAACGCUCCGUGAAAUAAUCACAGAAUUCUUGGAUUUUCGAUUCUUUUCAUGAUGUUUUCUCGAUUCUCAGGACAAGACGUUUAUCGAUACUUCAUCAAAAUAGUCCCCACCAAAAUCUACGGCUACUUCAGCUACACAAUGGCUUACCAGUACUCUGUCACAUUUUUGGUUUGUAUCUUAUUUUAUAUUAUCUAUAAAGAUCAUUUUUCGAAAAUUUCAAAUUCCAGAAGAAGAAGCUGCAAGAAGGCGAACAUUCUCAUGGAGGCAUCCUUUUCGAGUAUGAAUUCACAGCCAACGUCAUCGAAGUUCAUCGAAUGACAACGUAUGGUUAUUUUUCUUUAAAGUCAUAGUUUUAUUACUGUUAAUUUGAGACGAUGGAAGUGUAAAAAAGCCGUCAAACGUGUUCUAGAGCCAUGUUAAGAUUAAACGCGUCUAGUUUUUCAACUUUUCUUUUUUUUCGUUUUCUCUUUUUAAUUAAAAAAUGUUUUUAUAUUAUCAUCCUUUCAUUCAUUCACAAAAAAACUGUUUAAAUUUGUAAGUUUGUAAAUCGCAAGCCGAGCGGAACUAUACAUCACAAUUAAAUUCGUUUUGCAUAUAGUUUUAUACUCCAAACCGCUUGAUUUCAGUAAAAUUCUCAAAAUUUUCAAACACCUAUGGUGUGAUAAAAAAAAGCUGAUAAAGUUUUAUCACGCCAUGAUAAUUAUAGGAUGCUCCGAGAUUCCAGCUUUUUCAUAAUUUCGUUUUUUGCAUAAAAAAAUCUUCAAAAAUUUUCAUCUUUUCGAUUAGUUCUAAAAACGUUAUCAUUUGAAUUCAAAUAUUUUUUGGAUAUUUUGCACAAUAAUUUGUAGUCGCUUUCCCCUGGAACCACCGCAGAAAAACAUAAACUGGACGAGAAACCAUAAAGUUCUCCGUGAGCGUGCGAAAAAAACGUUGCGAUAACAAUCGAUCGACCUGUUGAGGGCUUUGAAAACAAAGAUCAACAUUUGUAUCGCCUUUCUCAAGAGAUUUAAUUGAUUGAAUUUCAUUUUAACAAAGUUAAUUCCAUUUUUAAAACUUUUUUUUUUGAAUUUAUUGACUUUCAAUUGCAAAGACUUUUGUAAAUAAAAAAUCGCUUUGGGAAAAUAAAGAAAGAUAAAAUAUUUGUCUUUUUUUCCUGUUCUAUUCACAUAAUACCGUGCUUUUUAGAAAAAUUAAUUUUUUCGCUCCAUUUUCAGAUCAUUCGUGACGUUUUUGAUCAGACUGUGUUCAAUUUUGGGUGGCGUUUACGCGACAAGCACCAUCGUAAAUUCAGUCGUUCAACUGAUCCUUUCGCUUUUCUAUCCUGAUCAAGAGAAGGCCGCUCCAAUUCAGUACGAAACUCUGCAAAAUUCUCUGUCUCCUGACUCUCCUACUUCGUUUGUACUUAAUUCCAGUAUUAAAGUUCACUAG